AUGUUCCCCACUCACGUGAAUGAAGAGUAUCACAUAUUUAAUGCAUCGACAAAAAUCUCAGCAUACGGUUACAUUUAUUAUGCGAGUCUAUACGAGAGUGAAUCAUAUGCCAUCUCGGUGGUCCUGGUUCUACUCGCCUUGAUCGGUAUUGGGGCCACAUUAAUCCUGUUUCUGAUGCAUAUUUGUGCUAUCUGUUUUGCGUACCAUCAUCUUUACCAGUCAGUACAUCUAUCCGUCAGUCCGACUCAAACUGGACGUCUUCCCUUCCCGCAUCGCGUUUGGCAUUCACUGUGUCGAUCGUGUCGUCGUAUGUGCAGUUUCGUGACGACACUGUUUCACCGUGGUCGUUUGAAAUCCACUCUACCAGUUGUGGGUAGUCCCACACGAGAGCCAAUCAGUAAACCAACGAUCAUACAACUGCCGAAACUGCUGGUUAGUGGAUCUACUUCAUCCUGUCCUACACUGAAAAUCCCAGGUGUAUCAAUCAUUAAACCAUUAACCGGAGUCGAUAUGAAUUUGGAAGUUAAUUUGACCUCCUACUUUCUCCUGGGCUAUCCCAAAUACGAGCUAUUAUUCUGUGUGGCCGACCCAGCAGAUCCAGCUUGUGAUAUUGUGCGUAAACUACAGACCAUCUAUCCACACGUACCAUCCCGACUGAUUGUUGGGGUAGAAGAGAUUGGAGUUAAUCCAAAAAUCAAUAACCUUCAGGCGGGUUAUCUGGCCUCACAACACGAACUGAUUUUGAUUUCCGACGCCGGAAUUUGGAUGCGACCGGAUACACUGACCGAUAUGGUCGCCACAUUGCUCAACGAUCCUCUGGUGGGCAUGGUUCAUCAGGUUCCAUUCUUGACCCCGUAUCUUUGUGAUUCUACCGCACACACUGCCACAGAUCACGAAUCUCGAACGUUCAAAUCAACUUCACCCAGUUACCCGCAACCAGUUCAUGCAACCACGAGACCCUCGUUCGCUUGGCUUGUACAGCUGGUUUUUUUCGGCUGUUGGCAUGCUAAAAUUUCCCUUUGUGCCUCAUUUUUGGGAAUCAAUUGUACCACAGGCAUGUCAUGCCUGAUUCGUAAAUCUAUACUGACAGAAGUGUCCGGGUUCAAACCAUUUUCAUGUUAUUUAGCUGAGGAUUUUUUCUUGGCCAAAUACUUAUUGGAUCAUGGUUGGUAUGUACGUGUGUCUCACCAACCAGCAUGGCAGAAUUCGCCAUCUGCCUCGUUGGAACAAUUCCGGUCCCGACUCAAUCGCUGGUCUCAGCUACGACUGAACAUGGUCUUGGCUGCGUAUCUACUGGAACCAUUUUCACGAUGCCUUCCGAAUGCCUUACUGGGUGCCUUUGGUUUUGCCUACAUAUUUCCCGACUUUGUGGAUCCUGGUGUGUAUUUUUUGUGUCAUAUGCUUGUCUGGUUUUUGUUGGACUACAUUCUGUUAUUGUACGUCUAUCCUCCGUGUGUUCCUUUGUGCAUUACACGUUUGGAAUAUUUGAUAGCGUGGAUAUUCUCAGAGGUCACCGCGGUACCCAAUCACAUUGGUGCCGCAUUCAAACGUGAGUUGCAAUGGCGCGAUAAAACAUUCCGCAUACAUUGGGGUGGACUAGCCGAGCAGGUGUGUCCAAAACGUGUCCAUCAAUGCACACCCAAAACCGGGUGUGUAAAUGCUGAGCUGAUCACAUCCGCAUCCACCGUGUGA